ACAACAUUAUGAAUCAGGUAAAAUUCCUGAAUAUGAUAACUAUAGUUACGAUGAUGAUUCUGUUUCUGGUCCCAGCAAUUUUAACCAAGAACAUAAUAUCAGUAACAUUAAGGGCGAUGAAAAAAAUGAAAUUAAUAAAAUGGACAAUACUUGUUCUAAAGAACCUGAUAACAAAAAUACAAAAGAUGCAGUUAAUAACCCUAUCUGA